AUGGUAGAUGUAAAACAUAAUGCAAAUGGAACAUAUGAUUGUAAUCAAGAAUCAAGAAUCAGAACUAACAGUUCUGAUACUGUGCCAUCAACACCUUCUUCAUCGUCAGAUUAUUUGACAGGAGAUGAUAGUUCAGACAGUAAAGCUGCUAUACCAUUUACUUUAAAAUCAGUGGAAACUACACUUUCAUUGUCUAAGGCUACUUCUGAAGAAUAUUUGAAAGAUAUGAUAGAAAAAUGCAAGCAAAUGGUGUUAGAAAGUGCAGAAUGUUCAGAUGAGCGAAAAUGGCUUGUCAGACGUUUAAUAGAGUUACGUUUAAGAGUACAAGAAUUAAGAGAAACAUCUGAAGAAAAUUUGCUUGAAACGCAAGUCAUUUUAGGACAUCAUUUAGUACCACAAAAAUAUUACAUAACUACUUCUGGGCCUGCAUAUUGUGAUCAUUGUAGUGGAGCUAUUUGGACUAUGCUUCAAUCAUGGUAUAUGUGUAGUGAUUGCAAAUUUUGUUGUCAUUGGAAAUGUUUAAAUAAUAUAUGUAGAGUAUGUGUUCAUGUGGUUGCUAGUGAAGCAGGUGGUUAUACGUACACAAAAGAUAUUUGUCCUGAAAAGGGUUUAUCAAAUCAGGGAUAUAGAUGUGCUGAAUGCAAAGUUCGAAUUACAUUCAAUUCAGCAUGGAUUGAGCCACGUCUUUGCGAUUAUAGUGGAUUGUAUUAUUGUCAAAGAUGUCAUUGGAACACUGCAAUGGUAAUUCCUGCAAGAGUAAUUAGAAAUUGGGAUAUGGAACCAAGGCUCGUAUCCCGUGCUGCUGCACAAUUGCUAACACUUUUAGAAGAACGUUCUGUUUUAUUACUCGAAGAGUUAAAUUCAAAAUUAUUCACUUUAGUUCCAGAUCUCUCUGUAGUAAAGGUAAAAUAAAUAAAUAUACUUUUAUAUCAAAGAAGUGA